AUGACUGACAAGCUACCACGGAAGCGUCGAAAACUAUUCUUCGACUCCUACGCAGAUUUCGAUCUUCAAAAGAAAAGUCUUGAACAUGAGACAGUCCAGCCAGCAACUCAGAAUAAAUCGGAUGACAAAGCGGAAUACGAUGACGAGCCCACAGAUGUGAAGCUUGCUCGACUGAUAUCUCUGUUCCCGGAUAUAGAUGAAUCCAUCCUGCUUGAUGUUCUCGUUUCAUACGAAGGCUGUGUCGAGGCGGCAUCUGCAUGCCUCGAAGCACGACGCGAUUCAAAGAGGGAAGAUGCAUCUUCUCCCCCUGGCAUGCAAUCUUCCCUGCUAUCUUCAUUUCAAUCGGCCGCACCAGAUCAAGCUAUAGUCUCAUCAUCAUCAGGCUGGUCCAAACCAUUAACAAAGCGAGGCAAGACGCUUCAUUUAUACUCCCCGGAGGAUAUUGCUAGACACACCCCUUGCUCUAUAAUCCACAACUUCCUGGGUCCGGAAGAAGCAAACGAACUCCUGACCGAGCUUCUCGACGAAGCCAAAACCUUCCAUUCAGACACCUUCCAACUCUUCGAUAAAAUUGUACAAAGUCCACAUACGAGCAAACUGUACGUUUCUUCAGACUACGAACUGAGACAACAAACUGAACAAUACGUCUAUAAUGGCACCUAUCAAACAGACGUACGCAAACUCUCGCCUCGAAUGAAAGUUGUAUCCGACAAAGUGCAGAAAGUAGUCAAUGAACAAGUCCAGCGACGCAUUCAAACACAUUACCCCGACGGGAAGAAAUUAAGAUAUCAAUCACCAAGGGAAUGGGUACCGAAUGUGGCGCUUGUGAAUUGCUAUGAUGGGCCGCAGGAGAGUGUUGGGUAUCAUUCAGACCAGCAGACGUAUUUAGGGCCUAGGGCUAUCAUUGGGAGUUUAAGCCUUGGGGUAGCAAGAGAGUUUCGCGUUAGAAAAGUUGCUGCGCGAGAUGGCGCUGGCGAUGAUGACAACAAACAACAGCAAGAUGAGGACUCCGUAAAGAAGACCCGCCUACCAGACAAAAUAGCCGAUGCCCAGGGACAAAUCUCAAUCCAUCUCCCCCAUAACUCCCUCCUAAUAAUGCACGCCGAAAUGCAAGAAGAAUGGAAACAUUCCAUCCCUGCAGUGUCCAAUAUCUCUCCUCAUCCAGUAUCAGGAAAUAAACGAAUCAAUAUUACGUAUCGAUGGUAUCGCGAAUCAUUACAUCCCCGCAAUAUCCCUCGAUGUCGAUGCAAUAUGCCGACGAUAUUACGAUGCGUGCAACGUAAACAGAGCUCUAGAGGGAGGUAUAUGUGGAUGUGUUAUGCAGGGUAUGCGCCCGGUAGUAAAGGGUGUUCGUUUUUUCAGUGGGCUGAGUUUGAUGAUGAUGGCGAGCCGCUUUGGGAGAAGAUGAGGAUGAAGAGAUCUUAUCAUACAACUAAUGAUCAGCUAUAA